GCCCACCUGGUGCAGGGUGUGAAGAGCGAGAGCGCGUGUAUGAGCACGAGCGUCUGUGGUCGCUGUGUGUCGGUUUACAUGAUUGCGCCUGUGUCUGUGUGUGCGCAUCUGCAUGCAAGCGUGUUUUUGAGUGAAUGUCUGUGUGUGACUUCUAGGGACGGCCAGGGAAGAGGGGUGUCCCCUCCCACCCUGGCCCCCCUCUCUUCUCUCUCCUCCUUGGGGUGCUCUGGGCAUCUGGGACCCCUGGCAGGGCUGCCGGGUGCUGGGAGGACGCAGAGGCCGCCGAGGGCGGAGGGAAGCGUCAGGCCAGGCUGCGCGCGCCCUGGCUGGGGAGCUCCGAGUCCCGGCCGCCUGGUCCUUUCAUUCUGGGCUUCUUCGAGAUUCUCGGGGGCUUCCAGCCGGCAGUGUUUUCUCCUUGCCGUCUUCGCAGGCACGAGGAAGGCUCCUGGAGCUCAUUUGCCUGGGAUGGGCGGGCCCUGCCUUGACCUCACGUGCAGCAAUUAGGACCACCAAGGAGUGUUCUUCAAACCACCUUCUCCCACCCCGCGGGACACGCCAGGGCUGAUUCGGGUGCUCGCACCCCGCUUCCUCCUCUGCGUUCCCCUGUAGCAAAGAUAAGGAGUCAGGCCAGGGCGGGAUGACACUCAUUGAUUCUAAAGCAUCUUUAAUCUGCCAGGCGGAGGGGGCUUUCCUGGUCUUUCUUGGACUAUUCCAGAGAGGACCACUGGCAUCUGGGAAGUAAGAACGCAGGAUGCCCCCUGGGGUGGACUGCCCCAUGGAAUUCUGGACCAAGGAGGAGAAUCAGAGCGUCGUGGUUGACUUCCUGCUGCCCACAGGGGUCUACCUGAACUUCCCUGUGUCCCGCAAUGCCAACCUCAGCACCAUCAAGCAGCUGCUGUGGCACCGUGCCCAGUAUGAGCCGCUCUUCCACAUGCUCAGUGGCCCCGAGGCCUAUGUGUUCACCUGCAUCAACCAGACAGCGGAGCAGCAGGAGCUGGAGGACGAGCAACGGCGUCUGUGUGACGUGCAGCCCUUCCUGCCCGUCCUGCGCCUGGUGGCCCGCGAGGGCGACCGCGUGAAGAAGCUCAUCAACUCACAGAUCAGCCUCCUCAUCGGCAAAGGCCUCCACGAGUUUGACUCCUUGUGCGACCCAGAAGUGAAUGACUUUCGCGCCAAGAUGUGCCAAUUCUGCGAGGAGGCGGCCGCCCGCCGGCAGCAGCUGGGCUGGGAGGCCUGGCUGCAGUACAGUUUCCCCCUGCAGCUGGAGCCCUCGGCUCGAACCUGGGGGCCUGGCACCCUGCGGCUCCCAAACCGGGCCCUUCUGGUCAACGUUAAGUUUGAGGGCAGCGAGGAGAGCUUCACCUUCCAGGUGUCCACCAAGGACGUGCCGCUGGCGCUGAUGGCCUGUGCCCUGCGGAAGAAGGCCACGGUGUUCCGGCAGCCGCUGGUGGAGCAGCCGGAAGACUACACGCUGCAGGUGAACGGCAGGCAUGAGUACCUGUACGGCAGCUACCCGCUCUGCCAGUUCCAGUACAUCUGCAGCUGCCUGCACAGUGGGCUGACCCCUCACCUGACCAUGGUCCAUUCCUCCUCCAUCCUCGCCAUGCGGGAUGAGCAGAGCAACCCUGCCCCCCAGGUCCAGAAACCGCGUGCCAAACCACCUCCCAUUCCUGCGAAGAAGCCUUCCUCUGUGUCCCUGUGGUCCCUGGAGCAGCCGUUCUGCAUCGAGCUCAUCCAGGGCAGCAAAGUGAACGCCGACGAGCGGAUGAAGCUGGUGGUGCAGGCCGGGCUUUUCCACGGCAAUGAGAUGCUGUGCAAGACGGUGUCCAGCUCGGAGGUGAGCGUGUGCUCGGAGCCCGUGUGGAAGCAGCGGCUGGAGUUCGACAUCAACAUCUGCGACCUGCCCCGCAUGGCCCGUCUCUGCUUUGCACUGUACGCUGUGAUCGAGAAAGCCAAGAAGGCUCGCUCCACCAAGAAGAAGUCCAAGAAGGCGGACUGCCCCAUUGCCUGGGCCAACCUCAUGCUGUUUGACUACAAGGACCAGCUUAAGACAGGGGAACGCUGCCUCUACAUGUGGCCCUCCGUCCCAGAUGAGAAGGGUGAGCUGCUGAACCCCACGGGCACUGUGCGCAGUAACCCCAACAUGGAUAGCGCCGCCGCCCUGCUCAUCUGCCUGCCCGAGGUGGCCCCGCACCCUGUGUACUAUCCCGCCCUGGAGAAGAUCUUGGAGCUGGGGCGGCACAGCGAGUGUGUGCAUGUCACUGAGGAGGAGCAGUUGCAGCUGCGGGAAAUCCUGGAGCGGCGGGGGUCUGGGGAGCUGUACGAGCACGAGAAGGACCUGGUGUGGAAGCUGCGGCAUGAAGUCCAGGAGCACUUCCCGGAGGCGCUAGCCCGGCUGCUGCUGGUCACCAAGUGGAACAAGCAUGAGGAUGUGGCCCAGAUGCUCUACCUGCUGUGCUCCUGGCCGGAGCUGCCCGUCCUGAGCGCCCUGGAGCUGCUAGACUUCAGCUUCCCCGAUUGCCACGUAGGCUCCUUCGCCAUCAAGUCGCUGCGGAAACUGACGGACGAUGAGCUGUUCCAGUACCUGCUGCAGCUGGUGCAGGUGCUCAAGUACGAGUCCUACCUGGACUGCGAGCUGACCAAAUUCCUGCUGGACCGGGCCCUGGCCAACCGCAAGAUCGGCCACUUCCUUUUCUGGCACCUCCGCUCCGAGAUGCACGUGCCAUCGGUGGCCCUGCGCUUCGGCCUCAUCCUGGAGGCGUACUGCAGGGGCAGCACCCACCACAUGAAGGUGCUGAUGAAGCAGGGAGAAGCACUGAGCAAACUGAAGGCCCUGAACGACUUCGUCAAGCUAAGCUCUCAGAAGACCCCCAAGCCCCAGACCAAGGAGCUGAUGCACUUGUGCAUGCGGCAGGAGGCCUACCUAGAGGCCCUCUCCCACCUGCAGUCCCCACUCGACCCCAGCACCCUGCUGGCUGAAGUCUGCGUGGAGCAGUGCACCUUCAUGGACUCCAAGAUGAAGCCCCUGUGGAUCAUGUACAGCAACGAGGAGGCAGGCAGUGGCGGCAGCGUGGGCAUCAUCUUUAAGAAUGGGGAUGACCUCCGGCAGGACAUGCUGACCCUGCAGAUGAUCCAGCUCAUGGACGUCCUGUGGAAGCAGGAGGGGCUGGACCUGAGGAUGACCCCCUACGGCUGCCUCCCCACCGGGGACCGCACAGGCCUCAUUGAGGUGGUACUCCGUUCAGACACCAUCGCCAACAUCCAACUCAACAAGAGCAACAUGGCAGCCACAGCUGCAUUCAACAAGGACGCCCUGCUCAACUGGCUGAAGUCCAAGAACCCAGGGGAGGCCCUGGAUCGAGCCAUUGAGGAGUUCACCCUCUCCUGUGCUGGCUAUUGUGUGGCCACAUACGUGCUGGGCAUCGGCGAUCGGCACAGCGACAACAUCAUGAUCCGAGAGAGUGGGCAGCUGUUCCACAUUGAUUUUGGCCACUUUCUGGGGAAUUUCAAGACCAAGUUUGGAAUCAACCGCGAGCGUGUCCCAUUCAUCCUCACCUAUGACUUUGUCCAUGUGAUUCAGCAGGGGAAGACUAAUAAUAGUGAGAAAUUUGAACGGUUCCGGGGCUACUGUGAAAGGGCCUACACCAUCCUGCGGCGCCACGGGCUUCUCUUCCUCCACCUCUUUGCCCUGAUGCGGGCGGCAGGCCUGCCUGAGCUCAGCUGCUCCAAAGACAUCCAGUAUCUCAAGGACUCCCUGGCACUGGGGAAAACAGAGGAGGAGGCGCUGAAGCACUUCCGAGUGAAGUUUAACGAAGCCCUCCGUGAGAGCUGGAAAACCAAAGUGAACUGGCUGGCCCACAACGUGUCCAAAGACAACAGGCAGUAGCGGCUCCUCCCAGCCCUGGGCCCAAGAGGAGGCAGCUGCAGGUCGUGGGGACCAGGCACGUUGGUCCUAAAGGGGCUGAAGAGCCUGAACUGCACCUAAUGGGAAAGAACCUACACGGCUGCCUUUUGUUUACACUGGUUAUUUAUUUAUGACUUGAAAUGCUGAAGGAGCUAAACAGCCAUAAACGGAAAUGCCUCCUUCGUGCAGCGGCGGUGCUGGGUCCCUCGAGGCUGCACCUGGCUUUUGGCUGAGGAUUGUCACCCCAAGUCUUCCAGCUGGUGGAUCUGGGCCCAGCAAAGACUGUUCUCCUCCCAAGGGAACCUUCUUCCCAGGCCUCCCGCCAGACUGCCUGGGUCCUGGCGCCUGGCAGUCACCUGGUGCCUACUGUCCGACAGGAUGCCUCGAUCCUUGUGUGACCCACCCUGUGUGUCCUCCCUAGACUGAGUUCUGGCAGCUCCCCGAGGCAGCCGGGGUACCCUCUAGAUUCAGGGAUGCUUGCUCUCCACUUUUCAAGUGGGUCUUGGGUACGAGAAUUCCCUCACCUUUCUCUACUGUAAAGUGAUUUUGUUUGCAGGUAAGAAAAUAAUAGCUGACUCACCACACCUCUACGGCCGGGGAGAUCAGGCCCAGCCCCAUAAAGGAGAAUCUGCGCUGGUCCUCGGGGCGUGUUAAAGAGAUCUGGGCCUCACGUAGCUCACCCCGGUCAUGCGUGAAGGCAAAAGCAGGUCAGAGGCGAAUACUCUGCCAUUAUCUCAAAUUUUUUUUUUUUUUUUUUUGAGAUGGGGGUCUCGCGCUGUUGCCCAGGCUGGAGUGCAGUGGUGCAAUUUUGGCUCACUGUAACCUCCACCUCCCGGGUUCAAGUGAUUCUUCUGCCUCAGCCUCCUGAGUAGCUGGGAUUACAGGUGUGCACCACCGUACCCAGCUAAUUUUUCUAUUUUUGGUAGAGACGGGGUUUCACCAUGUUGGCCAGGCUGGUCUCAAACUCCUGACCUCAGGUGAUCCACCCACCUCAGCCUCCCAAAGUGCUGGGAUUACAGGCAUGAGCUACUGCGCCCGGCCCACUCUGCCAUUGUCUAAGCCACCUCUGAAAGCAGGUUUUAACAAAAGGAUGAGGCCAGAACUCUUCCAGAACCAUCACCUUUGGGAACCUGCUGUGAGAGUGCUGAGGUACCAGAAGUGUGAGAACGAGGGGGUGUGCUGGGAUCUGUCUGACUAUACUUAGUUUGAAAUGGUGCAGGCUGUCUUAAGCCUCCAAAGGCCUGGAUUUGAGCAGCUUUAGAAAUGCAGGUUCCAGGGUUUCUCCCAGCCUUCGGAAGCCGACUCUGCAGAUGAGGCUAGGACUGUGGGCUUUUAGCAGCCCACAGGUGAUUCUAACAUAUCAGCCGUGGACUCAGGACCUGCCCGGUGAUGCUGUUGAUCUCUCAAAGGUCUUCCAAAACUCAACAGAGCCAGAAGUAGCCGCCCGCUCAGCGGCUCAGGUGCCAGCUCUGUUCUGAUCCACCAGGGUACCGUCAGUAGUCAUUGCCACCCGCGGGGCACCUCCCUGGCCACACGCCUGUUCCCAGCAAGUGCUGAAACUCACUAGACCGUCUGUGUGUUUCAAAAUGGGGAAAGCCGUGUGUGCGCAUGUUAUUUAUUUAAGUGCGCCUGUGUGCGCGGGUGUGGGAGCACACUUUUUGCACAGCCGCAGCGUUUCUGGUUUGGGGGUACAGUCUUGUAUGCCUGGCGAGAAGAAUAUUUUCUAUUUUUUUAAGUCAUUUCAUGUUUCUGUCUGGGGAAGGCAAGUUAAGUAUCACUGAUGUGGGUUGAGACCAGCACUCUGUGAAACCUUGAAAUGAGAAGUAAAGGCAGAUGAAAAGAAAGAAAAA